GCUUCGAUGCGCAUCCGACGUGGUACCCGGGCUACACCAGUGAGUCCAGUUUCGAGGAGGUGCAGGACAUGCUCCACGGCCUCGGGAAGGCGAAGUGCCCCAAGCCCUGCUACGCGCAGCUCGCGCAGCUUCCGCCGCAGAGGAGCCAGGUGGCCGGCGCCAAGUUCGACUGCCGGGACACGAUCGAGGGUGACUUGUGCUUUACUUCUGUCGCCUGGCUCAAGGAGGUGGGCUUUGGACUUCACCCUGAAUG